AUGCUACCAGAUGAUGAGCAUAAUAAUACUAGUAGCUCAGCUAGUAGUUUCAUUACUGAUAGCGAUAAUAUCCAGAAUGAAAGUUUGACAGAUAAUGAAAUUUUAUUAUUUGAUGACUUAUCAAGCUCUCAACAGGUUUCAAUACUCAAUAGCCCUGUUAAUGAAGGCUCUACCCAAAAUAAUCACUAUCAUCCAUUAAAUACUGUGGAAAAGCUCAAGAAUUGGGCAGUUGAAAAUAAAGUUACUCUUAUAGAUUCUAAACCUGAAUAUUUUCAUGGAUUGCCAAGGGAUGCAAGAACAUUUCUAGCUACUCCAAAAUUUACAGUUACUCGAAAGGUAGAUCCAGGAGAAUAUUAUCACUUCGGAUUACAGAAAUCAAUUGAAGAUCUAUUCAAAAGAAUUAGUAGGGCACCAAGUAGUCCAAUUGAAAUUGGAAUAAACAUAGAUGGUCUACCCAUAGCUGAAAGUUCGAGCAGUCAGUUCUAUCCCAUACUUGGUUUGGAAUCUAAAGAUGUGUUUUUAAUUGGAUUAUACCAUGGCUAUGAAAAACCCAAAAUUUGUGAUGAAUUUCUUUCAGACUUCAUUGAAGAAGCCAUAAAACUUACCAACAAUACAACUUCAAAAUUUCUAAAUUCCUAUUUGAUGCUGUUGCAAAAGCACCCAUAUUGGCAAUUAAGGGUCAAACAGCAAACAGAUGCUGCUCACCAUACUGAUCAAUCUAUUUCAUUAGACAUUCCAAAUAUUGAUAUAAUAGCAGAUGUUCCUUCGGACUAUAUGCAUUUGGUUUUGUUGGGAGUGGUCAAAAAAUUACUAUGUGGGCUCUGGUGCUUUGGACCACCCCCUCACAAAUUUUCUAGUGCCCAGUUCACUGGAAUUUCAGAACUUUUGAUCAACUUGAUUCCUUCCUUUCCGUCUGAUUUCGCUAGGAAGCCUAGAUCUCUCAAAGAGGUUAAGAGGUGGAAAGCGACAGAAUUCCGACAUUUUUUACUGUAUACCGGACCAGUUGUAUUGAUCAAUGUUCUUCCAAAGAAGAAGUAUCAACAUUUCUUGAUUCUAUUAAUUUCAAUCAGAAUUCUUUCGAGUGAGAAAUAUUGCCCAAUGUAUAUCGAUUAUGUUGAGGAAUUAAUCAUUUAUUCUGUGAAAAGUAUCGAGGAAAUUUAUGGAUCCCAUUUGUUAACUCAUAAUUUCCAUAAUUUAUUACAUUUAGUAGAUGAUGUUAGAAAAUUUGGAGUGCUUGACAAUUUUAGUAAUUUCGAAUAUGAGAAUUUUCUCCAAUAUUUAGGAACAUUAAUUAGAAAGCAUGAUAAACCAUUACAACAAGUAGUUCGCCGUUACUAUGAGUCAAUGAACUGUAGAGAAAAAGUUAAUGUAUCUGAAGAAAUAUCAGAUUUUAAUUUGAUCAAACCACAUUGUGAUGGACCAUUGGUAUCAGGAUGUUCUCGUCCAGAGUUCAGAUCAGUUGUUUUUCCAAAGUUCAAGCUUUCUUGCACUCUUAAAGAUUCGAGCUGUGCUCUGGAGGAUGGUACAAUCAUUGAAAUUGAAAAUUUUGCUUUUUCGCCAGUAUUGAAUGAAAACAUAGUGGAUAUGCCUUGGAUUAUUGUGCAGUUUUCUGAUUCUGAGGAGAUUGUAACUGUUCCUUACUGUUGGUAUAAUGGGUCCAGAAAAUCAAUAUUUUACCCUUCGUAUCCCAAAAAUCGUAUGGAAAAAGCUAUAAAAAAUGAGGUUGAACCCGAAAGUGAUUGGCAAGAAUAUAAUGUUUCUCUAAUGAGGAACAUACUUUAUGAUAAUUUCAAGAUUGCUUGUGCAAAAGCUUCAAAAUGCUGUGUAACUUCAGAGGUCUCAGAACUAGAAUGUUUAUCAGAAAAAAGGAAGCCAAAAAGAACUAAGUUCACUUCUUCAGAAGAUAGUGGCUCUGAUUUAGAUAUGCCAAGACCAAGACAAAAAGGCAAUAUUGUAGUUGGUAUCAUCAUCAUGGAUCUAGAUCGUAAGAGAAAGCAGGUAUUGUCUAUGCAAAAGAAACAAAUGUUGAAAAAAUAUUACAAAAGGACUAGACCUGAUAAAACAGCCUUAGCACAUACUUGUAGUAUGCCUUCUACCAGUCAAUUAUUACUUGUGGAUGAUGAUACCUCUCUUACGACCUUGCCUUCCACUAGUUUCACUAGUCCUUCUACCAGUCAAUUACUUGUGGAUGAUAUGAUACUUGAGAUGAUACCUCUCUCACGACCUUGCCUUCUACUAGUUCCACUAGUCCUUUGA